AUAGCUAUGAAAUUUUUAUUCUAGUGGCAGUAUUCUCCUCAAAGCUAUGACUAACAAUGGUGCCUUACAGAAAUUUUCAAACUAUAAUGAUCUGAAUGGCAAGAAGCCUUUAGAGGUUGACUUAACUGAGCUAGAAAUAACUAAGGAAGAUAACUUAUUUGACGCAGUGGAUAUUCAUAUUCAAGAAAAUUUAGAGGAUGAGUUGGUAAAAGAAGCCCUAGCACAGGGGCUUGAUUUGAGAGUUUAUGCACGCGAAAUCGAAGAAGCUUUAGAGAAUGUUCAAAAAGAUUCUGUCUUGGAUUAUGCAAGAGAAAGUUCAAAAAUUGCUUCUCUUCAUUUUCAGAUCAAAAAUUGCGAACAACUAUUAGAAGACGCCGAACAGCUUUUGGGUCAGUUUCAGAGCAAUUUAGGAGAAAUUAGUUUUAAAAUUCAGACCUUGCAGACGCAAUCGCUCUCCUUGAACACCAAAUUAGUUAACCGAAGAGGAGUUUAUGAUCAAAUUUACUCUUUUAUAAGUAAUUCUUUGAUGCCACCAGAUAUGAUUAACUGUAUAUGUGAAAGCGAAGUAAACGAGACGUACAUGCAAUAUUUAUUAAAACUGGACGAGAGAAUUGAAUUUUUUCAAAACAAAAGCGAAAAGGAUUAUCUUUGUAAGUGCGAUGCGCAGCCAAGCUUGGAUUCUCUUCGUAUGAAAGCCGUCGAGAAGGUUCGAGAAUUUUUGCUUCAACGUAUUUACGGACUUAGAAAGCCGAACACAAAUGUUCAAAUGUACCAACAAAGCUUUUUGUUACCCAACAAAUAUUUCUUCAAGUUUUUGAAGCAGCAUGGCCGCACCUCCUCUCAGGAAGUUUGCUUGAUAUAUAUUGAAACAAUGCAGAAAAUAUUUUUGAGUUUUUUUCGUCAUUAUUUUCAGAGCUUAAUAAAACUAAAUGUAAUUUUAUUAAAUGUUUACUAG